AUGAACAACUCUCUGCUUGCUGCUAUCUUUUUAUUUGCAACAGAUUCCUGCAACUGCAUAACCCAGGGUUUCCCAUUCUGCCAGCAGCUCCCAGACUGGGACAACGAAUUGGUAUGCUACAAAGAAUUAAGUGACGAUCUAACCUGUACCUGGCUACCAGUACCCAGUACUCCAAAUACAAUUAAUUAUACCAUCUUCUUAAAAUGGGACAGAAUACCAAAACUUUUCCAACGAAACACGUCAUCAACUUCCAUCACGAUAGAACGAAAGAAUCUCUACAUGAAGCGAUCUGCAUCAAUUUGGUUAGCAGUCAAUUAUGCCCAUGACAGCUGUGUGAAAGGAAAGAAGAUCUCAGUUACACCAAGCAAAGCAGGGAAGUGCUUGACACCAUUGAACAUAAAUGCUCAUCAGAUCACAAACCAACUAGUAGUAAAGUGGGACCUGCCUGCAACUCCUACAGUAUAUGAGCUGAGGUACAGAGAGGCAGUCGCAGAAUCCACUCAGUGGACACUGGUGCCUGUCAAAAGCAGUGCUGUCAAUGUCACCAUUUCGAAUGUAAAUGCUAUGUCUUCAUACAUUGUUCAGCUUAGAUGCAUAGCCAAGGAUGGUCUCUACUGUAUUUGCAUUUGGAGUAAAGAGAUUUUGGUCCCUCACAAACUUUUGAACAAGCCAAGAAUAUCAUACAAUGCAACUACAGAAAUUGCUCCAGGCAGAAGAAGUGUUCUUCUGAAGUGGGAGGUAACACAGAGUGAGAAUAUCCUUGGAUAUUACAUCGAUGUGGAAAGAAUACCCAACAGCUGCAGUGAUUCACCAAAUCGCAUCCUUCUAAAGGACAGAAAAGUUCUUGUAAAUAUUUCCAUGGCUUAUUACAGAGUUAAUAUUUCUGCCUAUAAUCAAGCAGGAGAAUCUCCACAAGCCAUCUACAUCGUCCCAGAAUUCUGUGCAACAGACAUGCCUGGCCAAAUCCAUGUCAAACACCAGGGAACUAGCGCAGUUGUCACCUGGACUCCAGAAUACAAUCCAAAAUGUUUUGUGGUUGACUGGGGCAUGGGCAAAGAAGAUAUGCGCAUGAAAAUAGUAACUACAGCUACUGGAAAUUUCACACUAGACAAUUUUCAGCCAUUUAAGUUGUACAAAAUAAUGGUACAUGCAUCUGAUGUGUGUCAGUGUGAAAGUUUCACAGGACAUGAAAAGACUUUUGGAGUGACCCACUUUUACUCAGUUGAAGGAGUUCCUAGGACAGGUCCUGCUAAUGUGACAAUCCUGAAUAUCACAAAGCAUUCUGCACUUGUGAAGUGGACCCAAAUAGCUGCUGAAGACUGUCUGGGCUUUCUCCAGGGAUACAGGAUCAGCUACACAGACACAUCUAGGAAAAAGUCUCUGGUUGUCACUCUCAAUUCUUCUACCACAAGCUACCAUCUUACCAGACUGAAGGAAAAAACCAGCUACCGUGUGCAGAUUUCAGGAUUCACUAAUGCGGGUGAAGGACCUCCAACUCAUUCACAAAUUUUCAGCACUCCAAAAUACGAUAAAGGAGAAUUUGAAGGUUUCAUGACUGGCCUUUGCUUCAGCACAAUAUUCAUUCUGGUUUUUGCACCUCUCGCUUGUUCUCUGGUGCUUAAAAGGCUGAAAAUAUCAUGUUGGCCCAGUGUACCAAGUCCAAGAAACAGCAGUGCACUCCAAAAUAUGGCAAGUGCUCUUCUGAUGGUGUGA